UCAUUUCUACUUGGGUGACAAUGCAGGCUGGGGCACGAUAACUCUAGCGUGGACCGGCAGUCACAUAUGGGUUCUGCCAGUCAACGUCUCGACAUUAAAAAAAGAGAAAGAAAAAAAUUUAAAUUAAAUUCUCCAGCGCAUCGCCGCAGCAAGUACUUAUUUCGACCACUGCUGAGCCCAUAUUCUUUGUUUGCGUUUUCCCCUGCGGCUGUCGCACGAAAAACAUCAAGGGAACAAGUGUAACAAGCGGUUGCUCGCAGAAUUACAUGUGUACACAUUGGGACGGGAAGCCUUGACGUUCGCAUCGAGAUGCAACUGGCCACGGUGUUCCUGCUUCUUUGCUCAAGUCCCCUGCCCAAUUUAGGAGUGUGGGGCGCCGAUGAAGACCAGGCGGUGGAGGAGGCUGAGGCGGACAAUGAGGCCAGUAGCAGCAAUGGUCCCCAGGAUGGUACAGCAAAUACCGGAGAGCCCCUGUACUUGACACCUCUCAUCGAUGCUGGCCAACUGUGCCAGGCCAGGUCAUCAAGCAAGGUCGGCCCCAUUGGGGCUGAUUACGAGGUGCCCAGUUAUGCUGGCUACAUCACCGUCAAUCCACAGUACAAUAGCAAUCUAUUCUUCUGGUUUGUUCCUUCACUGAGGGAUCCGCAGAAUGACCCUGUGAUAAUGUGGAUGCAAGGGGGGCCCGGCACGUCCUCGCUUCUGGGUUUCUUCAACGAACAUGGCCCUUACUAUCUGUCGGAGGACGGCAACGAGGCGGCGUUUCGCGAGCUCACUUGGGCCCAGCGCUACUCGAUGAUUUAUGUGGACCAACCCGUGGGAACGGGAUACAGUUACACCGAGAACGACGCUGGCUACGCCCGUAACCAGACCGAAGUUGGCCGCGACCUGUUGGAGUUCUUGCAGCAGUUCUUCACGCUGUUCGGCGACCUAGCCCAAAACGAAUUCUACAUCGCGGGUGAAUCCUAUGCCGGGAAGUACGUGCCGACUGUGGGCGCCGCGCUACACGAGAACGCGGACUCGAUGCGAGUCAAGAUUAAUUUUCGCGGCAUCGCCUACGGCAACGGUCUGACGGACCCCAUAAAUAUGGUGGAUUUUGGCGAUUUCAUCUACGGGAUCGGCCUCAUCGACCGUAGCGCCGCCGACCACAUGACGCGAGUCGCCAAGGAAGCGGUCGAUCUCCUGCGCGCAGGUCGAACUAUUGAGAGCGGUGUAAUCAUGGACACUCUGUUCUUCGGCCUCUUAACGCACAACACUUUCUUCAAGAACGUCACAGGCUUCGAAUACUACUACAACUACCUGAUCGACAAGGAGCCCGAAGACAGCAAGACUUACAAGGCGUUCGUCCAGAAGCCCGAGAUCCGGCGCGCCCUGCACGUGGGUCAGCAAGGAUUCAGCAUGAGCCGUGACCUCGUGGCCGGCCACUUUGUCCGCGACAUAAUGCGCUCGGCCGUGCCGCAGUUCACCGUAGUUCUGGAGAGCGGCUACAAGGUGCUCGUGUACAGUGGUCCCUUGGACAUAUGCGUGCCCACUACACACACGGAGAAAUUCCUGUCCAACGUGGCGUGGUCGCAUGCGGAUCGAUGGUCUCACGAACCCCGCCACAUCUGGCGAAGCGCCGACGGCAAGCGUCUGUAUGGCUACAAGAAGACCGUCGAGAACCUCAACUUCGUCGUGGUGCGCAACGGUGGACACGUGCUGCCGUAUGACCAGCCUGAGGCCAUGUUCGCGCUCAUCACAGCCUUCAUCGAUGACGAGCCGCCUUUCUCCGGACAGGCUAUCUCUUCUGCGUAGGCCACAAACUUGUUCGACUUACUCUCGAUUUGUUUGGAAUGCACGGUGGCAGAUGUUGCGUAGGAGAUAGACGCAAGAAGAGGAUAACAGCAAACAAAUUAGCAUGGAACGCAAUGCUCGUUGUGUGAGCGUGCAUAAGCGUUAAUCCUUUCGUCAAUCCCUAGACCUACCUCAAUGCGUAAAUUGAGCCCCAGCGUAGUAGGAUUGCACCAUGAUUUUGUGAACUGGCAUGCAAUGUAACUCUGUCCGAAAUAAACAAAAA